AUGAGCGGAUCAGUCUUGGGUGUGGCAUUUCCUGAGCCAGUGGGCCUAAUUCCCACGAUUGACCAGAGUGAGGCAUGGAGCCAGCUUCGAGCUCCUCUGGUAGAGCUCCCGGAGCCUGAGGUUGACGAACUUGAAAAAGCGUUUAAAGAGUCUCUCGGCAAGGAAGCAGAUGAUGAUAAUAUGAGUGACGAAGAAGACGAUCCCACGCUCGCUAAUGCCCCAAAAGUCCAGCUGCCGAUCUAUAUCCGUGAUCUAUUAGAGUACCUUCUGGCUGAUACGAAGGCACCACAAGCAUACGAAAAAAUUCAAAUGGCGCUCAAGACGGCGCCAACCCUUAUCAGACAGAAGAAAGGUUUCGGUGAAGAAGUUGCAUUUUAUGCCGAGGAUCUUCUAUCAAAGCUAGCGGGAAUGACCAACUUCUACGAGGAUGCAUCCUUCGAGACUUCCAAGCUCAAUGCCAUGAUUGCGGUCGUUGUGAGUCACCCACCUGUGACUACCCACUUGUGUCACUUGCUUCUCACUGGAGACUACUCCCUCCAACAGCGAAUUUGCCUUCUCUCUACCAUGUCAUUAUCUGCUAGAGAGCUCAGAGGAUACAAAGACGAAAUGGUAGCUCUGAGCCAUUCGAAUCAAAUCUUCCCUACUCAAAUGCUUCCGGGGAAGCUUCACCAGCAGUACUUGGCUGCAGAGGGUAAGAUUGAGGAGUACGGCAGUCUGGCAAUACAAGCUGAUAUCCAAAACCAGCUUAUGGGUGAAGCUGCUGAGGAUGCUAGGGAUGAACUUGCAGGAGGCCGGAUUCUUCGAGUAUCUGCUUCUCUCAAAAAGAAGCCUCAAGCAUCUGCUCCGCUCAUCCCCAAGGAUGCUCUCAAUUCCUUCAACAAGUCCGUUGGAAAGACAUUUUUCUUCCCACUUGUCAAUGUCUGGUGGCAAAGUGGUGGUAUAAAUAUCGGUGCUUAUACCCCUAUACUCACGGCACACUAUCUCAAGACACUUUCGUUGAUUCUACAUGCGGCGUACCCUUCAGCGUCUGAUCUCCUCGAAAUGGCACGAGAGUACCUUGGGCUUUUGAUUCUGAUAAUCCCAACCCUCGAUUCUGAGCAACUUCCUGUGAUCGAAGCCUUGUGCACUGGAGUGCUCUUGGUAAUGGAUGUGGUAGACGACAGUUUCCUCAUAGCACAGAUGCUGGUUGAGUUGGCCAAAAUUCAGGACUUUUUCACCAAUGUCUGGGAGACACUUAUAGACGAAAAGGUCAAGACAAGUACGAGCGCACGCUCAUGGACCAAAUGA